GACGCUGAUCAUUGUUUAAAAAAAUCCGCUGUUAAAAUUGAGAAUUAGGUCAGCGAACUAAUGCAGGACCGGUGUACACUCUGUAGUGGUAACCGCUGUGGUUUUAUUCAUGGAGCCACACACAGCACUUGCCGGGACACACAAUAACCUGUUUGGAAAAGGGGGAGAGAUGUCCGGUGUUUCCAGCAUCUGCUGACGGGAGUCGUAGCUGCUUUACCGGUCAGCUUGUGCGUGUAUCCCCGCCGUCGGGUUCGGGAAACCAACAGACGAGUCUGGUGAACGUGCGCGCCACCAGUGCGUCCCGGCCCGGUUUUGGUUGAAUGGUUUGCCUCUGGGAGGGCAGACGACGAGCGACGCAGCCAGACAGACAACGAGAGCUUCUCGGGGGACACCCAGGAAAUCAGUCUUCGCCUCGCCAGCCUGGCAGCACUACGGCUCUCGCACACGCUUGUGUAGUUGCAAAAUUGGGUCUUACUCUGUGAACAUGGCUGUGUAAAACAUGAGCCACUGUCUCAGACUGUCUUCACUUUGAGUAGAAGGUCGCAGAAUUUGAUGAUGUCAAGCCGCCGAAAGUCUACCAUGCCUUGCAUGGUGCUACCCUCUGAAGAGUUGGAAGAGACAACUGAAAAGACAAUGGAAGUAGAAGGUGUGACUGUGGAGGAGACAACAGAAGAGGUUCACACAGCAGUGGAGCAUGAUCAAGCUGUAGUGGUUGCCCCAACACCACCAGAUAUUGGUGAGUCGAACAGCCUAGAAGAAAAAGACAUUCUCAGUCCAUCUAUUAAGUGUAGCACUACGGCCCCCCCUGACAUUCAGGGUACUACCCAGCUGAACAAGGAAAUGCAGUGUGACACAGUUGAGGAAGCAGUAGCAGAUGCCACAAGUCUUGGCGCCAUCUCACUCAGCAAGACCCCGAUCAUGAGGAUGAAGGCCAAGUGUGAACCCAAGAGGAUCGCUGUGUCGAAUAAGGCCUCAGAUGAAGCCGUGGAAUAUUUUGAAGGAGGCGUCGAGGCUGAGAUGGAAGAAGAGCAGGAGCCAAUUGAAGCACCUCUGGGGCCAAUGGUGUCCGUGGAGAUGCUGCUGAAUGACUCCAUGAAGCUUGGAGCAGGCAACCUAUUGGCCAGCCAAGCCUUAGAGCAUCCAAGGAAGUCAUCAAUUUUAAAUCCCACCGUUAUUCCUCCUGGCCUGGCCCAGGUACUUUCUGCUUUCCAGGCCCAGCAAAAUACAUCAGCUCAACCCCAAUUGCUGAUUCCUCUCAGUAGCAUUCCGUCAUAUAGCGCAGCUAUGGACAUCAACCCACUGCUGGGUAGCACUUACAAGAAGUUUCCCUAUCCCUCCAUGGCUGAGAUUAGCAGUCUAGCAGGGCAGACGCAGUUCACAGAAGAGCAGAUUAAGGUCUGGUUCUCUGCCCAACGGCUGAAGCAUGGUGUUAGCUGGACCCCAGAGGAAGUAGAAGAGGCCAGGAGGAAACAGUUCAAUGGCACUGUGCACACAGUGCCUCAAACCAUCACUGUCAUACCUGCUCACCAGCUCUCUGCUGCCAACGGCCUGCAGUCCAUUCUGCAGACCUGCCAGAUAGUGGGCCAGCCUGGCUUGGUGUUCACACAGGUUGCUCCAGGAGGGAAUCUUCCAGUUAGCAAUCCCAUCACCCUAACAGUGGCAGGUCUGCCAAGUCAAUCCCAGAGCUCCAGCAGAGUUUCCUGCCAGUCGACAUCAACAAACAGUGAGCUUAAACGGGCUACCACUGUACAGCCCCCCUCGUUAUCCCCACAGGAGAACUCAGCCCUGAGCGCUGAUACAUUCAGUAUGCGGCCCAAGAAAUCCAAAGAGCAGUUGGCUGAGCUGAAAGCCAGCUACCUUAAAAACCACUUUGUCAGUGAUGCAGAAAUUUCCCGCUUGAUGAAGAUCACCAAUCUAACCAAGGGAGAGAUAAAAAAAUGGUUCAGUGACACCAGGUACAACCAACGCAACUCAAAGAACAGCAAUGUCAUUCUUUUCCACGAUGGCGGGGGCAGAGUUGGUGGUGUUUGUAGCAGCAGCACUAACGCCACCAUUGUCAUUGACUCAAGCGAUGAAACCCCAGCAUCCCCUCAUCAGUCAUGCACACCUGCUGUGAAGGAGAAGGAAACACGGUCUAAGACGUGGAAUCCGUUCCCUGAUUUCACCCUACAGAAAUUCAAAGAGAAGACACCAGAGCAGUUGGUAGUUUUGGAGGAAAGCUUUGAGAAGAGCAGUACGCCUUCUGAUGAAGAGCUGAGUCGCCUGAGAACAGAAACUAAACUCACACGAAGGGAGAUUGAUGCCUGGUUUACAGAGAGACGGAAAAUGCCGACAUUUGGCACCACCUCUCCAGAGUCCUCUGAGGCAGGACGGAUUGACACCGGUGAAGGGAACGCUGCAGAAGUUGCCACUGAUUCGCGCGCCGCUUCCUCCUCUCGUAAAGGUAGUCAAACUCCACCUGGGGGCCGCAGUAAGCAAGUGCCGAGCAGCAGCAGCAUCAGAGACAUCAAAGAUAAGACAAAAAAGACUCCAGAGCAACUCCACAUUUUAAAAAGUGCCUUUGUGCGGACUCAGUGGCCUACAACUGAAGAGUAUGACCAGCUUGUUGAGGAGAGUGGCCUACCCCGACCCUACAUUGUCAGCUGGUUCGGGGACUCACGGUACUCAUGGAAGAACGGCAAUCUUAAAUGGUUCUUUCAGUAUCAAAGUGGCAGCAUGGAGGGCCCGAAUGGUGGCGGAAGUCACAAAAUCGGAGGUGGUAGCCGAAAAAGACGUGCGCGAAAUCGUGGUUGGGGAAGAUCCCGAACACGUAAGCAGCCAAGGCGGUCAGCAUCUUUUGGUUCAGACUCUGACAGAUGCCCCCCGCCAAAGAAAUUUAAAAGUGGGAGGGACAUCUUGAAGGAGUAUUAUCUGAAGCACCGCUUUCUCAAUGAGCAGGACCUGGAUGAGCUCGUCACCAAGACAAACAUGAGCUAUGAACGGGUGCGAGAAUGGUUUGCUGAGGUCCAGCGACACCUUGACGUGGGGGCAGACCCCUUUCAGGAGCCGGCUUUCAGCAGGACGGCAGAAGGAGAGGGGGCUGAUGAACUAAGCGGAGAGGGGUCACACGCGAACAAGGCACCAAGGGGUGAUGAUAUGGAAGAUGAAGAGGAAGAUGAUGAAGAUCAUGACGAAGAGGAUACUGAUGACAGUGAGGUUUGGGAGCCAUCACGCAGUGUUAGAAAGUCCUUAUCUGUAUCUGAAGACUAGAUAUGUGCACAAGGGUCAGGUGAAAUAUUGCAUAAUGUUCGACAUAUUUGCUAAUGGUGUGUCGACAUGCGACAGACACGUUAAGAUUAUUAGCAGCUGUAUCUCCCUGUCUCAGUGCUUGACUGAUAUUAUUCAAAUGACAAGAGGAGCAUUUUUAUCACACCAAAAACAAAAGUGUACAUUCAUCAAAAAAAUAAAAAAAAUAAAUCAAAUGCAAUUAGUUAAAACUGAGAUUCGCAUCUGACCAUACAUAAACAUGGCUAUAAUUAAAGGGCACAUUACAUGUCCCUUUCUGAAUGCAAUACAGGUAAUGCAUUUCCCUUGCACAAGCCCAAAUUUGAACUUAAAUUGCCAGCGAAUGUUCCCACUUCGUUCCUACUAAGUAAAAUAAUAAUUUACCUAAUGUGUUUACAAGGGGACCCCCUACAUUGAGCACACAGUGUAUUUGUUCUGAAAUAAUGUUUUAUGUAUUAAGCCUUUUAAAGCUAGAGUCAUCUGAGUGAGAAUGAAUGAGUUGAUCAUGAAAGUCCAUAAUGGAUAAAGGCCUAAUGCAACAUGAGCCAAAGUACAUGAACACUGAGUGAAUGCCAGCAUAUUUGUUGAAGGAUGUCUAUUCAAGUCUUCCCUUGAACGGUAGUCACAAGUUGACAUUUUAACUAGGAAAAUAGUUAACUGGAGGUGAGGGGGUUGUAUGUUUAAUAUGCACUGCAAUUGAUGGUUUUUUGUUUUGUUUUGCACCUUUUGACACAACAAGCCACAUGAUGUUGUUACUUUUUUAUUUAUAUUUGUUCUAAAACUUUGCCAAAUUGGAAUGGGUUGUUUCUCAACCUACAAAACAAUCAACCAAACAAACAAAGAAACAAAAAAGUGUUUAACUGCAGUAUAAAUGAAAUGCAUCUGCUGCACCUCAAUCAUUACAGUUCAAACUAAUCCACGUCAACAACAAUCAUGACUUAAACCUUACUACUGGCCUGAUGUAUUGUUUUUAAAACAGUAUUUCAGACAUUUUGAAUCAAGAAGCACCUAAACUGAACUUCUUUCAAAUGCACUUUUUAUGCCACAUAGUGGAUAAAAUUAUAAUUUGGCACCUUAUUGUCAUAUCACGCGAUGGCUCCAGGAGCCCAUAUUUGUUAUAUGACUAAACCAGUAUUUUGCCUUUUUUGUGUGUGAGUGUGUGUUGGUAGACGUAUCACAUUGUUCAAUUUCCCUGGGGAGGAAUUUUACUAGUUUAUCCACUUUUUUUUAAAGAUAUGUAAAUGGUGUUUGAUGUUUAAAUGGCUCCGUAGAAUCAGCUGCCACUUUCUUUCGCUUUAUUGCACACUUUGAGCCACAUUCUGACUAUUUUGGGGGCGGUUGAUAGUGAAACAAUGCUUGGAUAAUGUUUUGUAUCAUUUCAAAUCGUGUCCACUUGACUUUUUGAAGGACUGGAGGACACGUUGCCAGUGUCCUUCAGUUUAUCUUACAACAAAUUAACAGAGGACACCUUAAGGACAUGUCAAAAACUUCCGUGUGCGUUCACAGCCCCUGGCUUCCUAUUGCAGAAAAAAACUGUCGUAAGGAAUGACUACCAGCUACCAUUGACACAGCCACGGCAAGGACAAUUCCCCGCCAGCAUCAUGUUGACUGUUGUUAACUUAUACAGACGUACUGUACCUACAUGUGCCUACUUGGCUUGUGAACUUGUUGCAAGAGGAUCUCCCCAAGUCAUUACAAAGCACUUAUGGUAGCCUUUCUUAAAACAAAUGGGGAUGCAUGAGCAACUUGUGCUUUUUGCUGACACUACAAAUGCGUGUAUGAAGUUAAAUAUUGUGAACUUCUUUUCCUAACCUUGGGUUUCUGAUCUACUUUCUGGUAAUUUUGCCACCUACUUUUCAUUCAUGCUAGCACCUUUUAGCUAUCUCAAAAGCAUUUUCAGCCUGCCUGGUAUAAUCUUACUAAGCAAGCUCGCUGAUUGCAACUGAAUGAGCAGAAACCUUUGACACAUUAUUUGUUGUAAUGUGAAUAGUAAGUGCCUGGGCAUGAAAAAGAACAAGAUCUUGUACCUUAUAUACACAUGUAUACCGAGCGUUUAUACCUUUUUGUCUAUUACUGCAUGCAAUAAGUACUGCUCAUUUUGUACAUAUGUGUCUGUGUGUGUCCAGUUUGGUUAGCAUUGUUGCCAAAUUUGUUAGCUUAUCUAAAGCUAAACAAGUAGUAUGAUUUAAAAGUCUGUCACCCUGGAUUGUAACAUUAUCUUUCCCAAAUCAUUAACAGUAGGCUAUACACAAUGUGUCAGUAAGAUAAAUGCCCUCUUAUUAGCAAGCCUGAUUCCUUUUUUUUAGUACUUCAUCACAAGCAUUAUUUGUGUGUGUGUGUGUGUGUGUGUUCUUUUUCGGCUGCACAUUUUGCUGCUUAUUUUAGUGUACAGAUGAGGUCCAAGCCUUCCCCAAAGUAUUUUACUAGCCUGCUUGGAAAGCUUUUUUCUAUGUUUUUAUCAAUGACAAGUGUCUUUACAACCAAAUAGUUUGUUUACUUUGCUCACUAAACCAUGUUUGAAAAUGUAAAAUGGAAUUCAUUUUGAACUCAGAUGGUUUUGCUGGGGUUGCUUUUGGGUACUUUCGGUGCAAGGAAAAUCACCACUCACUUGAAAAGAUGAGCACUUUAGGAAGGUAAUAUUUCAAAACAAUAUGUGUGAGAAAAUGUCCUUUAGACAUUCUACUGUUACAAUAAGGCCUUAGCAAGUGAUAUGUGCAAAUAACAGUGUUUGAAACAUGUUUCCUUGAACUUCUUUCACAUGCGCCAUCGAUAAGAUGAUAAAGUGCUGUGUCUUCUCAGUGGGUUUUGAUUUGCCAUCAUGUAUUAUAUACCAUAUAUCCUACUUGCAGUAGACCUGGUAUCGUGAGUAGUUAAGCUGCUGUAAUAUAUGCAUACCUUUUUGUCUUCGAAAUGCUUCACUAAGCUCUCCUUUGUAAUACAUGUGCUCUUUGAAUGUUUGCAGAUCUAUUCACCACAGCUUUUUCAAUGAAAUACACUGUCACAAUUGUUUUUCCGCUA